UUCUCAAGAAUUGUAAAUUGUGAUUCGCAGUUGUCAUUUUUGGUGUUUGCAAGAGCGGUUGGAGAUGAAUAUACGAUGCUUUCAGCGGAAUUUCUCUGCUGCUUUGCCUCCUCUGGUUCCCUUGCAGCUUCCGUCUCCUAUGGAAACCCAUCUUUGGUACGUAUUGCCAGAUGAGGUGAAGAGUUGGGGUCUUUUGAAUCAGUAUUCUGAACUGUUAUCCCCAUGUGAAAGAGAGGGUGUUAACCGAAUGCGUGGAGACCAGCUAAAGAAAAGAGCUCUUCUUGCUCGAGCCUUGGUUCGCACUACCAUUGCCAGAUAUCAGACAAAUUCUCAAAUGAAUCCCAGAUCUUUGAAAUUUAGGAAGAAUUUGUACGGGAAGCCUGAGGUGGAGUGGCGAGACGAGGACAAUUUCAGCCCACUGCCAUUGCAGUUUAAUCUGUCACACACAUCUACUAUGAUUGCUUGUGGUGUCACUGUAAAUGUGCCAAUUGGCAUUGAUAUCGAAGAGAAGCAACGAAGGACAAAGAACAAUUUAAUAGCCUUUGCUCAACGCUAUUUUUCGGCUUACGAAGUGAAAGUUUUAACUACUAUAUCUGACCCUGAAGUUCAGCGUCAGGAGUUUAUCAAAUUAUGGACUCUCAAAGAGGCAUAUGUAAAAGCAUUGGGAAAAGGCUUUUCGGCGGUACCUUUCAAGACCUUCACUAUUCGAUUUAGGGAAACAACUUUGCGGAACUUUCAUCCUCCUGGAAGUUCAGUUUCUGAGGCGUCUGAUAUAAUAGUUGAAUCAUUCGAUGACCCCACGAAUCCUACAAACAAUUGGCAAUUCACACUCCUGGAAGUGGCUGGUUCUCACUAUGGUGCCAUUUGUAUCAAAAAGGAUAGAACUGCUGGAGCAAAUGAACUGAUGAAACUGACCGUUUGGAAAACCGUUCCGUUUGUUGAAGAUGUUUGUGUCUCCGGAACCGAUGCAGUCGUAGACCUAGGUCGCAUAAUCGAGCAAUAGCAGCAAUGCACCGGAAUGGCGAAAACUAAUGUAACAUUAUAAAAUCCGAUGACAUUGUAAUCUGUAUUAUUCACAAAUACUGUUUUGAGACUUCGAAUAUAA